ACGCUCAGCCGUAAAAUGUCAGGAAAACAGCAAGCGCCGGAGGAUAGAAGGACAUGGGAGGGUGACUGAUCCCCCGAUCUUCUCAGGAAGAAGUGUGGCAUCCGAUGGCAGGUCGUGUAAUGUCCGCUCACCAAGGUUUUAUAAGGACCCCACCUUGGCUUCGUACGGCGUGCUACCUUUUUCGUUCCCUCCCCUUCUUACCCUUGCUCAUCACUCGGUUUCCCUCCUGCCUUUCCUUCCUCCACGACCUCGUCUGGAUCCACCAUGGUCAACUGGAAAUCAGCUGAAGAAAUCGUCAACGACGGUGUGGCCUUUUCACGUUUCAUGCAUACACUAUUGGGCCUCUAUAUAUGGGAGUGGUUCACAUCUUUGCCAUUCGACUGGCAAUACGUCUCGGGUAAAAAGCCGUUCCGGUGGCCCUUGAUCUUCUACUUUUUGAACCGUUACUUCCUCCUCAUCGCCCUCAUUGGAAUCGCCGUCGCACUGAAUGUCACAAAACCGAUAGAUUGUCAAGCUUUGUAUACAUUCAACCAGCUCUUUGGGAAUGCUGCGAUUGGACUUGCAUCGAUUAAUCUUUCUCUUCGGACAAUUGCCGUAUGGUCGCGUAGCCUUUGGGUUGUAAUCCCGCUUGUCGUGGUUAUUAUGGGCCAUUGGUCUCUGCUCCUUCACGGUGUACUUUUGAAGGCUGAAUGGACCAGUGAAGGCGGCUGUGCUAUCACUUCAACAGACAACAAACUCUUGGCUGUCACAUUCAUCUACUCGAUGGCUUUUGAUUUUACUGUUCUCAUGUUGACGGGCUGGAAACUGGUCUUCAGAGCUCCUAGCGCUACCCGAGUUGGCCGCUCUAUGCUAGUCACACUGAUUUUCGGCGACGGCCUGAUCUACUUCGUGAUCGCUUUCCUCGCCAAUCUACUCGCUACCAUUUUCAUGCUUCUCAACCUCAAUGCUGUCAUGUCUAUUAUAGCCAAUGUUCCUGCAGCUGUUGCAUCGACUAUUGUGGCCUGCCGUGCGGUACGCCGUUUAAGUAAAUAUACGUCAGAAGGCCCGGAUUUCUUGGGUACUACCGUGGCUUCAACACUUGCUUUCCGUACAACGACAACGUCAGCAGUACCGCCGAAGCGCCCCAAAGUAGCUACUAAUGGCCUUAGUGCUGUUGACGGUGUCCAUGUACAGAUGGAGACAUUCGAAUCUCCAGGAGACUUCGUCGAAUACGAUGCUAUGGGCAAUGUCAUUAAAGGCUCGCCCGAGAGCAUGUUCGAUCAUGACCCAGAGGCUCAACAUAUUCGCGACGAGUUCAAGAGGCCUCCAUACUAA